CCAGCCUGAGAAUACGGUAAUUAAUAAUUAGUUAUCUUAGCAUCAUGCGAAUUUCAGGCACAGGCGUUGUUAGGCAUCCACUACCGGCAUACUAUCUCGAAGGGUCCUCGAUUUCUUCUUGGACUUCUGACAUUGGCUGGGAACUUUUUUUGUGUCGUGAUCCUUCGUUCUUACUGAAAGGCACAAUCAAGCCACCAGAUUUCGCGACUACACAGAUUCAUUCUCCAGCCACGCAUCAUGUUUGAGGCUCUACUUUCGUGGUCUGGCUUGGCCUCAACAUUCGCACUCGUCCCGUUGUUUUAUGUUGCGUCAUGGGGGGUGAAAGAGCUCCGGUAUCGAGUCGCAGCUGGCAAAGCUGGCUGCGCAACGCCAGCGAAGUACUGGCAUAAAGAUCCGUUUCUGGGACUUGAUCUAUUCAUCAAGAGAAUCACGGAUAUGCAAGCUGGCGACUCUCUUGCUACCGACAGGAUUCUCUUAGAUACCUAUGGCAAGACAGUCCUCACGAACAACUGGGGAGUCAAGCAAUAUGUCACGAUGGAUUCUGCCAACAUGCAAACCAUCCUCGCCACACAAGUCGACAAAUUUGGGAACGCUCCGCUAAAUCAUAAAAUGUGUGAAGCGUUCUUAGGUGACGGUAUCAUCACGAUGGACGGACAUGCUUGGAAGAGAUCUCGCCAGCUGCUCAACCCCGUAUUCACCAGGGCACAGGUCUCCGAAUUAUCCAGCUUUGAAGUCCACGUUGGCAAGAUGAUGAGCAAAAUUCCUCGAGACGGGUCUAUGGUCGACAUGCAGCCACUAUGCAAAAUGUUAUUCCUCGACAGCUCCACCGAAUUUAUAUUCGGCAAGUCUGCAAAUACGCUCUCGUCUGAAGCAGACAACUCCGUGGCUCGACGUCUCUCGACGCUUUUUGACGAAUCUCUGCAAACCAUGUUCAAGCGGUUUAUGCUUGGCCGCUUCAGAUUUCUUCUCGGAGAGAAACAGUGGCUGCAGACUUGCGCGGAAGUCCAUAGCAUCAUUGAUGGUUUCAUCGACGAGGAGGUCCAAGCUCAGAAGUCUGCAAAGAGUACAUCGACCGACUCGGAUAUUCCGUACAACUACGUCCUUUUGAAAGAGUUGGUCAAAGAGACCGAUGAUAAGAGAUUCAUCAGGAAUGAGCUGAUGAACGUAUAUUUCCCUGCCCGUGACACGGCUGGGAUCUUGACGAGCAAUAUCAUCUUCAUGCUUGCGCGCCAUCCCGAUGUCUGGAACAAGCUCCGAGAAGAAGUUCUCAGUAUCGGGGACCAGAAACUUACAUUUGAGCUUCUGAAGUCACUGAAAUAUGUCCACGCUGUAAUCAGCGAAACCCUCCGCCUCCAAUCCCCCAUCGGCGGGAGCUGGAAGACCUGCCUCUCGCCCUGCAUCCUCCCCCACGGCGGCGGCGCCUCAGGCCAAGACCCUAUCCUGCUCGAACCCGGCGACGAAGUUCGCAUGUCCUUCACGCCCAUGCACACGGACCCGGAGAUCUGGGGCAACGACUCGGAGGAAUUCCACCCGGAGCGAUUUCUGGGCAUGAAGCAGAGCUGGAACUUCAUCCCGUUUAUGGGCGGGCGGCGGAUCUGCCCGGCGCAGCAGAAUGUGCUGACGGAUGUGUGUUAUGUGUUGGUGCGGCUGGCGAGGGAGUUUAAGGCCGUGGAGAGGAGGGACGAGACGCUGGCGUAUGUGGAUGCGAUUGUGUUUACGAGGGAGAGUAAGAAUGGGGCAAAGGUUGCUUUUGUGCCUGCCAAGUAGAGGGUGGGGUUGUAGAAGAGGAUCAGGAUGAAUAAAGACCUGGCGUCGAAGAGUUGUGGUUGAGGUGGAGGGGCUCACGUGGAUAGUCAUGAUAUCAUUCUUGGUGUUUGAAAUCGAAUGUGCCACUCCCGUGAUGAGGGAAUGAAAUAUAUAACAGCUAUAGAUUCGAAUAUUGGAAAUAUAUGAUUCAAGAAC